CUGUUCUGCCACGUAUUUAUAAGGUUCGUUCGACUCGGUAUUCGAGCGUUCCAAACGGUAUCAGAGUGCUCGGAAACGAGCAUUCGACCAAUUGCAAUCGGCCUACACCAAGAAAACUGCUAAUAAUCCUUCGUUAGUUAGGUCUCAAGCUAUAACCGAACAACCUUGUGACGGUGACGAAGAGAUUAUUUUGUUUUCCAUCAUUCAAAGGCCACAGAAAUGCUGAGUACAACUGUGGUGUGCGGCUUAUUUAUAUAACUGUCAUAGGAAAAGAACUGUUCUUCAGUGGUAAAGAUACAGCUCAUCUCAUCGAUCAUUCAUCGACGAUCUCAGCAGUUGUUUUCAUGAAUCCAAUUGGCAAGGUGUAAGCAGCAGCCGUCACCUAGCCAGCCAUACUUUCCUGGAUAAGAAUAUGUAAGUGUGGGAAAAAAUACCGAUGCCAGACAAUCAACUCGUAGAACUUUCGGCUUCUUCAGCAAAUCUUGCAGCAUAACGCACCAACCAACGUUACAUUGAAACUUGAAAACAACAAAUUAUGGCGGCCAUUAUAAAGGAAUUAGAAAUGGAUCCAUCUACUCAUUCGGAAACGGAAAAUCUGAAUCGUGUAGAUAGCGACAAUGAAGACGGUAUCUUGUCCACCUAUAGUCUACCUGCAUGUUUUGAACUAAAUCAGAGUUCUAAAGAACAACAGAGUUGUUUGACACGAUCUCAAUACGCAUUGGUUGUCUUUCAUGGAGUUGCUGAUACUUACCCUACAGACAGUGAUAUAUUGUGUCGAUACACUUUGACUGAGGAGGUGGAAGCAACACCUGGGGAUCGGAUAGUAUUAUUUGCUGUUGGGUGGUCAACGAUCAAAGAUUACAUUGUGUUUGAAUGGGCUCCAGUACCUGAGAAUGGUGAAAGAGACCUGACAGUAGUAUUUAAAGCUAUUGAUCUGCCCAAAGAUGUGAAUGAAUUCUAUCAGGUUUGCUAUGUUAGUAACGAGGGUGCAGUUUGUGGUGCAAGUAUACCAUUUCAAGUGCGCACUCCUAACAACGAAGAGUUAACAUGUGACCUUGAGGAAGAUAUGGUUGUUGUACGAUCCUCAACAGCAGUUGCACAAGAUAAACUUUUCAAGGCUCAGUUAGAUCGGAAGAUUCUAAUUAAAAAGAACAUUAAUCUUGAAACGCAACUUCGCUGUUUGCAAGAUGAACACAGUUUUGCUUUGAAACGGUUAGAUCAGCUACAAGACACUUUGUGUACAUCCGGAACGCGCAGUGCAACCUUGCAAACAGAAAUUGCCCGUUUGUUGAAUACCAUCGAUGAAUUGUUAUGCGUGAAGCAAAAAUUAGAGGAAUCCGAAUUGAAACUGAGCGACGCAGAGUGUUUUAAAAAGAAUAUGCUGGAGGAUAUUCAAGACCUAAACACUGAGAUAAGAGAAUACCAGACAGAAAUGCAUCGUCUCGAAGCAAAGGUCAAAGACUUGGAUAAUGAAUUAAUUGCAGCUACAAAGAAAAUCGAAAUUUUGCAAACGGACCUAGAAAAAUCUGGAAUCGAGGUUGCCCUCACGUGUAAGAAACUUGAAAAAAGUGAAGAGCAUGGGACACAUUUGGUAGAUAAAAUUUUUUCCCUCGAAAAUGAAUUGAAAGUGUGUAAGUUCAACCUGAACAAUUCUCAGGUGGAGAAUUUAAAACUUAAAGCAGAAUUCGAAGAUGUCUCUGAUGAAAAUACUAAGCUUAAGAAAGAGUUGCAGACCGAAAAGGAGUCUAAGGUUCAUUCAGACAUGUAUGGACACGACAUGGAUAAAGGAAGACUAGUAACUGAAAAUUCGAGGCUGCAACGGGUAACGGAAGACUUGCAAAUGAGGAUAUCAACCUUGGAACAUGAAAUAUCUGUCUUUGAGCAAGUGUUGGAGGACGCGUUUAAUGCACAAAAAAACACUUGCCCUGAACACUGUAACUUGGAGAAGGAGGUAGCUCAAUUACAGUAUCGCCUCGACAAAAUGUUGAACAAGGAAGAAACACCUGAAACUAAGCAAAGUUGUAGCAGUGCCGGUAAAUCUUCACAUUCAGAAACAGAAAUUGCCACAUUGUCGAAGUUAUUGGAUGAUUCGUUAAAAGAAAAUGAAUUACGGUUACAAGAAAACGUGGAGUUACGACUGAUGAACGAAUUCUUAGAGUCCAAAUUACCCUCGCCUGACAGAAAAUUGGAGAAUCAAAUCGUUGUUUCCUGUCCGAACGUCAGUAACACUGAUAGUUACACAUGCAGUCCAGAGAUACUCGCAUUGAAGGUUACUAACGAAGAAUUCCAACAGCAGUUGGUUGCCAAGGACGAAAAAAUUGUUGAUUUACACAUUGAAAUGGAAGCGUUGAAAAAUAAAUUCUCUGUUACCGAGAAGGAACUCAAGCUAGAGAUCGCUAACCUUGUUUCUAAAAACACUUUACUCACUCAACAGGAGAAACAAUCUCGAAUAUUAAAGGAUGAAAUGCAGAAGAUGAAAUUCAUGAAAGAAGAGUUACUUGUUCAGAACAACUCAUUGCUGGAUAGGCUUCGCAGCAGUAAAUACAAUUUACCUACGAAUACGGAAAUAAAUCCGGAUCAUAUAAAUUCAGCUUUAGAGAUCGAAAAUAAGCACUUGAAAGAGCAACUUGAAUCUAUAUAUGACGAAUUGAACGCUACUUGGAAACGAGAAAAAGCGGUGACAUUAGAGCUGGAAGAGUUUAAAGAAAAGCAGCAAUGUCUUAACAACGAAAUAGAUUCGAUGAAGAAAAUAAAAAUCUUUGCUGAAACCAAAUGUUCGUUACUUGGUGAACACAAUGAUAUGCUCUUGCAGAAGCUGAUCCGUUUCGAUAGCAAAGCACAGGAUCAUAAGUCCCGUUACGAUUACUCUUCAAAUCCGGAAUUGAAACAAAUCAGCCAAAAUGUACAGAAUGUGCUCUUGGCUGUUGAAAAGCUAGCUAGUUGUAGUAAUGCAGAAAAGUCCCAACGCUCUAUGUUAGAAGUCGAUGAUUUGAGGCACAGAUUAAUAUUGGCUAAAGAGGAAUAUGAAAGACUUCACAGAAUUAUGAUGAGUUACAGAACGAAGUAUUAUGAUUUGAAAGCAAAAUGCAAACCCAAGAAAGCACCUGCAAAAACUAAUGAUUCCACUUUGUCAACUAUCUAAAAUGUAUAAAAGUUGAAAUUUGAUGACAUUAAGCUUUCAGUUCUAUAAUCUGAAUUAGUGGUUUCCAACGAGUGACGGUACUUAUUCAUAAUGACGAAAAAUACAGCCCGAGCAGCCUGAAAAAGAAAUAAUCAUUGUAAUUAAAACAUGUUCAAGAAUUGGUAAAAAAUGUAAUCUAUCAGAAAUUGAAAUAUGUAUACACGUACAUAUGUAUACAUAUGUAUACCUAUGCAGGUUUUCUAAAACUAUAUUAAGAUAAAAAAGGCAGAAAUUUGUUAAAGACCAUAUUAUUUACUUUCAAUCGUAAAUUUUCGAAGGAAUGUCGAAAGUUUAUGAAACAAUGUUGAUAUUUGACCAAUUGGGUAUUUAGGUAUUAUCAAUGCUUUCUUCUAUUGUAACAAAAGUCAAUGAGGGCUAUUUCUUAACUUUCACAUUUUUUAUAUUCAUUUCACGUACUCAUACUUUACGUAAUUUUAUUUUGUGAUACAGAUUUUAAGAGCAAUAUCUUUGAUUCGGACUUUUAUCUAACUUGUGCAGGCGUUAGUCUGCUGCUUUAAUGAUAAGGACCGUUAUCGUAAAAAGAUGCUAAAAAAGAAUACGAAAUGAUUAUGCUGCUUUUCAAAUUUUCACGUGACGAAAGUAAAAUCAUUACGCACGGACAGUAAUGAAAUAAUAUGUUAACAUCGAAGUUUAUUUUUUAAUAAAACCAUAUAGAAAAGACUCAACUCAGUAUUCAUUAUUUAUAAUCUCACGACAUAAAUGCAAUCAAAAUCGAUUCUACAUCACCAGGGUAUUACACAAUGUUAGCAGAAAUAUAUCAAGAGAAAAGUUAAAAUCAGCACACUGACAAUGAAUGACCGACUUCAUGUGCUUAAAAUAAUGAAACUGUAUUUGGUGGCAAGAUCGUAUCGCGGUAAUAUUUUUAUCUGCAAGGCAUGGCAGUCAAAGUACUCAAAAUGUAGCAUGAUAUGGCGGUCUCUCGCAUCGAGUGUCGAACUGCGAACUGAAAUUAUAAUGUUGUUAUGACAGCUUGUACCAAUUAUCAGUAACUUAACAAACCGAAACUUGAGGUGGCUAGACUGCAUUAAAAUCUUAAAAAGUUCGCGCACGCGCAGCCGGGCAUUUAAUCUGCCAAGUUUCACGUUUUUCGAUGGACUUACCCUUUGUUCUGGGCGUAGUAAGUUACUCAUAGUUUUUGAAUUCGCGCCGCAUACGAAAAUCAAAAUUACUCGUAGAGUAUUGGAACAUGUCAAUUUUUUCAAAUCUAAUUGGUAGAAUGAGAAAUACUGGUAGUCAAAAUAAUAUACUUUAUUAUUUUCAUCAUCCCAGAUAAUAGCAAAGUAUGUAAAGAAAUUACAAAUAUCAGUCAACAACCAAUGAUAUUCUUGUAUCUACACUGCAGGGUCGUUAGCAAUUAUUUUAAUGUUGUUCUGCUUGCUUAGAAGAUUUGUUACACAGUGUUGAAUAGUUUCUUAUAGACAUAUUUUAUUUUAUACAGUGCCUAAAUCACGUUACUUAAAUCGAAUAACUUUUUUACAUUGAAGUCGUAUCAUCUAUGUAGAGACUCGGAUUAAUAUUUAAAUCUUUUUUUAGUCUAUCAGAGUAAUCCUAUACAUAAUUUUUAUAAUAGCACCGACUUGCGAAUUCUUUUGGAAAUGUCAUGACCGUAAUUUGCAAUUCGCCAUACUUUUUUAUUCCAACGGGCUAAAAUUAAUUUUCUAAGGCCACUAGGGUUUAUGAGUUCAAUAUGAGAAUACUUUUCAUGGCAAACUGCGUUGAAAUGUAAAUGCCACAACUUCACUUCUGUGACAGAGCCUGUGCAAAGCGUAAGCAUCCAGUAAACGAAACUGGCACCUAGGAAAUUGCAGGAGAAUAGAUGAAUUGUUAAUUCUGUAAAUAUGAAAUAUUUCAAUGCUUUUUUCACCAACUUAUACGUAGAAUGAAUCACAAAUUCACAAAAACAAAAUGCAUGAAGUAUCAAAUUCAUACCGGCAUAUAAUAUGAAAGCUUUGCUUCAGUUAAAACUUUUUAAAUUUCCAAAUUGGUCGUCGGAAUUUGGAAAAAGAUAAAUACAAUUCAUCGUUCUGUAAAUUAAUAAAUAAAUAUCUUCUCUCAUCUAGAGUAUUUGAAAAAAAUAUAUCAUCCUAAAAAUAAUGUAUACUACUAUAUUACAAAGGAACCACAAUUGGUUUCAUGCUUAUUUACAAUAAAUGUAUUUACGUCCUGAAACUUUCUAAUGGUUACCAUACAUAAAGGUAAUAAUUAUUUUUGUGGCGAGUGCGCAGAAAAUCCCUGUGUACGCAAAUGCCACAAAUCUUAUUUUCUGAGCUAGUUUUUAUAAGCAUUAGCUCGUAGAAAUCGAUUUUUAAGCACUAGUGCUCAUAAAAACUACAAAGUAAUCAAGAACCGAAGAUACGAUAUAUUAACUUAGAGAUUAUUAAGAAAUAUAUGCAGAAUAUACGGGAUAUUCCUACUGUCGGGAAUCGGAGUGAGUAACUCCGAUUGUUCUCGAUGUCUAUAAUUGAUGGCCUCCUGUCCCUCCUUUUCUGAGGUAUGUAUAAAUGCAGAGGCCGGCAGACUCGAUUUCAUUGCAUUGGUGCAGCAAUGAUGGGUAUCAUCAACGCUGUUAUUAAUAUAUGUGUACGUGAAAAAGCACUGCAGUAAUACAAGGAAAUCUUAAUCUGUUACAGAGUAUAUAUAAUGGAAUAGUGUGCGUACAAUAUUUGUGGUUCAUCUCUGAAUUAUACGUUUUUAUACAAGGAGUUAUUAAUGGCCAAGGUUUGUGACAUUUUGAAUAUUAAAUAUCUGAUUUAACACUGAUGUGAAUAUUAUACAUUUUUGGUACCUUAUAUCUAAAUGUAUACGAUUUCAAUAUUUGUUCUGAGAUUCGAAAAUUUUAUUUCUUGACUCAAUAUGCCGAUAAACGCGAAUUAAAUCUAACAAAAAUCAAUUCAUCUGUAAAAUGGACGUUAUAAACACAGAGGGGUAAGUGAUAUUCAAAAUAAAAAUUUUCCAAUCAAGGAUACUUCAAUGCCUAAUCUCAAUGGAAAUUACAAUUUCAUUUCUGUAGAUGAGAUAUCUUGUUAUACCUAUAGUACAGUGGAACUUUAAUUAAAGGCAUUCGGAUUGAGUUCAAUUCCACGAGGCGAACGUUUGUUUACAUUUUUUUUUCUUAUUCAGAAUGCAUAACGCAGAGUGCCAACAUCGGGACUUGUACUCUAAUCCGUUGGCCUUAAAACAUUAAUAAACUAGCCGAACUGAUCGUUCGUGUGUGGUACGUCAUAUAAAAAUUUAAUUUCUAUCGUCUUGUUUCCAACUCACGUUUGAUUACGUAUCUACAUGCAAUCAUUUGUACCGUUUCUCUACAUUAAAAAUUACCUAACAAACGUAUUUUUAAAGAUCACUGUUUUUUACUUAUCAAAUAAUUUUGACUCUCACCAUUCUUAAUUUUGUUGAAAAUUUUUUGGGUAGUAUUAGCAUCUCUACAGCUCACCAUUCAUUCAAUUUAUACCGUUUUUAAUCGUAUUACUUUUGGUUAGAAAUGAUAUAACCCUCUCAAUUUCUUUUCACCAUUCUCGAAAGAUUUUCAAAUAUUUCAAUUUCUGUUCUGACGAUUUUAAGAUUGGUCUCAUGGUGGAAUGCAUUUGCUCUUAGUAUUUUUUUUUUUGACCACUGAAAAUUUUGAAUCUAUCAAAACCAACGUUUAACGUUUUCCACUCUGUGAAAAGCACAUUGAAAUUCCGAACAAUGUGAAAUUAAUUUUUUUACUAAUUUUUAUCACAAUUACAAAGGAUUAUUUUCAAAAGCAAUAAUAUUUCAUUCGAAUGUUUUCAAUCUUCACAGAAAUUAUAUUUCCUAUUUCAAUUAAUUUCCGAUUGACUUCCUAAAGGAUUUAAUUUUAUAAAUCUAUAUUUUACAAUGCGCUUCGGUAAUUCUCCCUAAUUACCGUUUAGUGUAGCUUGUACCUGCUGAAAAUUGAAGAAAAAUUAAUUUCGCAUUCUACGUCAUUUCAAUGUGCUAUUCAUAGUGCAAAAUGUUUCAGAAUUUAUUAUCGAAACGUUAAAGAUUGUUCUUUACCCAUCUAAAAUUUUCAGAGUACUCAAACAAUUAGAAAAAAAAUUUCACGAUUAUGAAGCCAAUCUUAUAUCUGAUUCGUUAUCUAGAUGGCAUUUGGAUUCUUUUUUUUUCAUUUCAUUUCGUUAUUCAAAUAACUCGAAACUUACUAAAAUAGGACCUAUUCGAAAUAUAAUCAGUUUUAAAUUAAAAGUAGUGCUUCGAUUGAGAUCGAGAUCAUAAAAAUCUGAUAAUCCGCUCUCGAGAUAUUAUUUGAAUUAUAUGCGAUUAGCUAGAUCUCAGAACGUGAAGUUCGGUUAGAAGCUCAAUUUUUAAUUUUCGGGGUGAUUAUAAUAACUUUUCUUAAUCUCGUUGCUCGAAAAAUAAAAUGACGGAAAAUUGAUAAAAAAUAAAUAAAUUGUAGGGUUUAGAAAUGCUACUAAUAUCCGUACUAAUUUUUAUAAAAUUAAAAAUGGUGACUGUUAAUGUUAAUUGAUUUUGCAUGGAAUGGCUUACAUAUAGGCCACUCCAUAUUAACCAACUUAAGUCGACGUUAUCCUUCCUUGGAUUAA